UUGGGUUUUCCUUCAGCAUUUUCGAUCAAAUUCCAGAAGAAAACUGGAGCCCAUUUGAGAUUUGUCCCUCCUAUUAAUCAUUCUCAUUCAAGCUGGAAAUCCAUCAUAAUCAGCUGAAUUUGCACCGAUAAAGAGAUUAAAGCUUUCUGGUUUCGUGACAUUAAUUCUAAGUGGACAACCAAGAAUGGCUACUCCGGAUGUUAAUAAGACUUUGCUGGCUGAACUUGAAGAAAUGGGAUUUUCGAAGGCUAGAGCCACCAAAGCUCUCCAGUUUUCAGGUAAUUCGAGUAUUGAGGAUGCAAUAAAUUGGUUGGUUGAUCAUGAGAAUGAUGCAGAUGUCGACGAGAUGCCGAUGGUUCAUGUUGAUAUCCCUAUUGAAUCUCCAGAUUCCCCUGGCUCCUCUGAACCAGUAAAUUUGAGACUUCAGCAAUUAAGGGAACAAGUGCGUAAGAAUCGAGAUGAAGAACAAAAGAAACUAGAAAGAAAUAUGGAGAAGGAAAGGAUAAAAUCAGGAAAAGAACUGGUGAAGGCCAAGAGAAUGGCUGAAGAAAGUGAGAGAAAGCGUUAUAUCGCAAAGUUAGAAGCUGAUAAAGAAGAAAAGAGAAGGGCGAUGGAGAGAAUUCGUCAGAAACUACAACAGGACAAGGCUGAACGGAGGGGAAGGAUUGGAUUGCCUGGGGAGGACAAUGCGUCAGCAAAACCCGCGGAAUCUUUGUUGCAUAACAGAAAGGAUCCAAUGGCGGUUGAUCAUGGCUCGGUACCUGUUGUUUCUUCAAGAAAGGGAAGCGGCGAUCUAAUGAGAGAAUGUCUGAGAUCCCUCAAGCGCCAAAACAUGGAAAAUGAUGCUCAAGUAAAAAGGGCUUUUCAGACACUCUUAAUAUAUGUCCGAAAUAUAACUACCAAUCCUGAAGAGGAGAAAUAUAGGAAGAUUCGUAUUGGUAAUCCAGCAUUCCAGAGCAAAGUUGGUAGAUUUAAAGAAGGGAUCAAGUUUCUGGAACUGUGUGGAUUUGAGAAAAUUGGAGAAUUUAUAGUGCUGCCUAGGGAGAAAGUUGAUAUGAACAUACUCGCAGAAGCUGCAGCCUCUUUGCACUCUGCCCUAACUAAUCCUUACUUUGGACUCCUAUCCAGGAACUCUGUGGAAGAUAUAGAAUGAAGUGUACUUGUAGGACAAAUCAAUCUGCAAUGUGGAGAGAUAUCAUUAUGUAAAUGCAGAAUUGAGCACUCGUGUUCCUCCUAUUCAAGGAAAAGAGUUGUUGGUUGAGAUGAACAUAACAUAAGUGAAUUCAUUAUUUAAAAAAAAAGGAUUAAUCUGUCAUAAAAAAUUUAAUAAAUAGUCUAAUACAAAUACUGAUAUUUUAGAAGGAAGGAAGAUUGAUUUCAAGUUUCAACAACUUGCGCGCGCCUAUAGAAUGGCAACUAUUGCCUAAAUUCCUGGGCUCCGGCCAAAGACAUUUAUCAACCUCCUUUAGAAAUCCAGAUGCCUGCUGUUGCGCUCAUCAACCUUAGCAUUGUCGGCAUCAUCCACUUUCAAAGCACCUUCGAAAUCAUCCUCGUCGUCGUGGCGGUCUCCGCCACGUUUCUUUGGUUGGCAGUUACUCGGCCUGAGCUGUUCCUCGUCGUCGUCAUCGUCGAUGCCGGGAAUGUUUGGUAGGCAGUUGAGCUGAUAUUGUUGCGGCUCCUCCUCGUCGAGAUGUGGUGCUCCAGGUCCACGGGUAUAAUAGUGAACCAAUGCUUCGGUGCUAAGAUUAUUUUGUUUCAGAAACUCUCGAACAAACCAGCUCUUGCUGUAAAAACGCUCAUCAUCGUCCACAUCCGCACUCACCCCUUUCGGUUGAGGCAGUUUGAACCCAAACGUGAAUGGUCGUUGGUGUUGGAGAUUGAUUCAAAGUAGAUUUGGUCAAUUAUUUAGUUGUUUAAAUUAUUCCUGAUUUUUAUAUUUUUUUAGUUUCAGUAAAGAUGGAAUUUGAUUUCUAUUUUUUCUCUUCUUGGUUAUUUUGUAAAGC